UCCUCUUCGCUGCAUGCUGUUGCUGCUGCUGUAUGGAAAAGAGCUGCUUGGAAAUCCCGCAAAAUAUCGAUGUCAUGCAAUGUGAAGGUGCGCUGAUGCCUGCUGUGAUGAGGAGGUCUGAUUGCGCGCGAGGGGCGUGGAGGAGCAGAGCCACUAAAGCAGGAUUCAGCAGUCCUUUUCAAACGGAGAAAUUUCCAGGCAUGGCGAGAUGAGCGGGGCCGUGUAUCGCUGAUGUUUGGGAAAAUGUGUCAGUGCUGCCGCUCCCCUGCGGUUCAAUCCUGAGCUGCGCCAGCAUAUACUGAACCUGUGACUGAUUUAAACCAUGGAGCCCAAACCUGACUGCUGCCCUUCAUCCGUGCCCAACUCUCAGUGUGAACUGCAGCUCAACAUCUACGAGACCAUCAGCGAGGGGAAUGUGAAUAAACUAGAGAGCUCAGCGCUGGUGCGCGCCGGUAGCGACCCCAGCUCCUACCUGUCAUCCAAACGCCAGAGGUUCAUCCGCAGGAGCCUGUGGUUCACCGAUAAUGACGAGCACCAGGCGGACGAUUGCAACCCGGAGUGCGAGGAGCAGAAUAAGAUGCUCAGCAUCAACCUGCUGACCAUUGUGGACCGAUCUCUGGCCGUCCGAUCCAGUUUACCAGAAGGAUUGAGCACGGAGAGCCAGACGGCUCAGAAAGAGCUGGAGAGCAGCAGCGCAGACGUGGAGAAGGAGAGAACCAACCUCAAAACAGACGUGACGGAUGGCGUCAAGACUAACAUAAAGGCGGCCAGUGAGGAGAAUGAGGAGGAGGCUGAGAUGAAGGCUGUGGCCACCUCUCCCGGCGGACGCUUUCUCAAGUUUGACAUCGAGAUCGGUCGCGGCUCCUUCAAGACGGUCUACAAGGGCCUGGACACGGACACCUGGGUGGAGGUGGCCUGGUGUGAACUUCAGGACCGUAAGCUGACGAAGGUGGAGAGGCAGCGCUUUAAAGAGGAGGCUGAGAUGUUGAAGGGGCUUCAGCACCCAAACAUCGUGCGCUUCUAUGAUUUCUGGGAGUCUCCGCUGAAGGGGAAGAAGUGCAUCGUGUUGGUGACAGAGCUCAUGACGUCAGGCACGCUCAAAACGUGA